AGGCACCACGGCGCGGGCAGGGCCACCCACAGGGGCUACGGCCAGGACCUGGACGGCGACCGGGCUCGUCGGCGCGGCGAGGGGGACAGGGCUCGCAGGCCACUGGAUCGAUCCUCGCGGAAAGAAGGCAGGAAGAGGAGCCAUCCGAGGUUUGCCGACGACCCCGUGGAGCCCGACGAGCUGGAGGAGGAAAGCCAUCCGAGGAGCGCCGGUGAUCCGGCCCGGACUGGCGAGCAAGACGAGAUCGCCGAGUCGGAGGUCGUCAAGAAGCUCCAGGAGGGCAGCCACAUGAACCUUGUAUUGGAGGAGGUCGAGGAGUUCGCGAGGGCGCUCGGAGUGGACAAGGCAGGGGAGGUGAGUCUCUGGGCGGUGAAGGACGUCCUCACGACACGGCUGGACCCCGUUCUGGAGGAGAGCGAGGCGCUGUCCCUUCUGAGGCCGGCUAUGGUGCACUCUGGCGCAAGCGGUGAACUACACAUCAAGGACUGCUCUGUUAUGCCCGUGGCCCUGCACUGGGCCUUCACGCACGGGGCCUGGGCUCGGCAGCUGAAGAGGUCCCGCCUCGUCGUCGAGGGGGCCAAGUCCGACGUCAACCUUAAGCUUCUACACCACACCGUCGUGAAGGUUACUAGCCGCCAUGAUGCUUUCAUGACGCUGCCUAUCACCAUCGUCUACAUGUGGGUGUUCCUGGCGCUGGUGGUGACGCACCUGAGGAUCUGGCCGCGGCAGGUCGGUGAGAAGGCGCUCGAGGACUGGGUGAACGGGCGGGAUCCGCGCACGAGCUGCGCGAACAACGUCGACACCAUGGAGGCCUUCUGGGAGUGGCUGCUCGGCGAAGAGGACGGCAUUGGUGGGGUGAUGUUUGCUCCGCGACCUGGCUCCCAGAAUUCAAGCUGGAACUACUAUACACUGGCCAAUAGCCACGUGCUCGUGGGUGACAUGAAGAUCACCAAGCUCACGUACACUGGUGAAGAAGAGCAUGCGUGGUUGUUGAAUUCGGAUUCUGGCGCCCAAGAACUGCUGUCAGGCUCAGGUUACAAGGGCGCCGCCCAGAUGGCCGCAUUGUCAUUAAAGGAUCAUCACAACUGGGAUGCUUCAGACAUUAACGAACUACACCUUAGCUUUGUCACAUACAACGAGAAGGCCAAGAUGUUCGGCCUGACGAGUGUACAGAUAACGUUGUUCGAGUGGGGCGGUGUCCACGUCAUGGUCAACGCAGAUGUGGUCAGCGUGGACGCCUACCACUCGGCGGGCGUCAUCGUGUGCGAAGUGCUUUUUGUCUUGGUGAUCUUGUACAUGGCAUGGGGGGAGUGCAAGGACAUGUGGCACGCCCUUCUGCUUGGCUGCGGCGAGUUCAUGGACUACUGGCAGUUCUGGAAUUGUGUGGACUGGGCCUGCAUCGUGCUCGGCGUGUCGCUGAUGUGCACCUGGGCCACGUGCCUGGCGGCAAUGCAGGCCCAGGGGCUCAAUGCGAUUCUGGACGCAGACAGCAAGCUUACGGUGGACGUGAUGUCGCUCGAUGCAGGUUCCGUUGCACAUAUCAUGGACCAGGUCGUCAGCCUGCAGCUGAGGUUCAGAUGGUUGCAAUUCCUCACGGCAGCGAACACCGUCAGCAUCGUGUCGAAGUUCUUCAAAGCUUUCACUUCGAACCCCCGUCUGAAGGUUGUGACUGAUACGUUCAGACAGGCCGGGACCGACUUCGUGCACUUCUUCAUUAUCUUCUUCACGCUUUUUUUGCCCUUCACCGUUAUCGGCCAUGUGCUCUUCGGGAACGACCUCGCUGAAUUCAGCAGCAUCGGAAGCAGCUUCAACACCGGAAUCACCGUCAUGCUGGGCGACUUCGAAUGGUACGUCGAAGUCAUGGGCACCCGCUCACUCGUCGGAGAGACCGCCCGCCUUCCAUCGGGCAUCCCGGUCGUCCUCUUGUUAGUCUGGUUCGCAUCCUAUAUGUUCCUGGUGUUCUUGGUGCUGCUCAACAUUUUGCUGGCCGUCAUCAUCAAGCAUCAGACGCAGGUGGAUGAGAUGUUGACGCGCGAGCCCGAUGCACCCACGAUCUGGGCACAGGUUGCACAGUACAUUGAUUUCAAGUGGAGGGCCAGGGGCUUCAAAUACAGCUUGGAGCAUGUGCGGCGCAUGUUAGAGAACGACGACGACCCCGCCCAUGGAACCGACAUGGAUGCGGAGGUUACGGUGGCGUCGCUGAUGGAGCAUUUCAAGGGUAUGUCCAAGGAGCAGGCCAACUACCAGAUCGCCUGCAUGGAGAGGGAGCUGGAUAACUGCAAGGCGAUGGAGAGUUCGAGGGACGCAGAAACUGAUCCGAACCAGGAUUUCAUGACAGAGAUGACCUCGAAGAUCGAUGCAAUCUCCGACGUACUGAACCAGCCCCUCGACAAGGAGUUCUCUUCCAUCAGAAAGAAGCUCGGCGAGCUGCUGACGGUCUGCGACGCGCUGCAGCGAGGCCAGAAGACCCUGUGCAGGCGAGUGGACGACCUCGCCCGGACGUCCGUGGUGAGCGACGCCCACGAUGGCUCCAGGAAGGAGAGAGGCCAUCGCACCCCGUCGCCCCCUCGUGCCCCAUCGCGCAGCAGCCGCGACCCGUCGCCUUCGCCCCGCAACACCCCGCCGCGCCACCCCGCCGCCCCGCACCUCCCCGCCGACCCGGCGCCGCUGCAGCGGCGCCCCGCCGCCGCGCCGCGCCCCGCCGCGCCGCCCCGCCACGCGACGCCGCGAGGCACGACGGACGCGCGCUCCACCGCCGCCAGCGCGGACCCCUCGCUGUCGAGGCCGCCCCCCUCGGCCGCCGCGGCGAGGGCCGCCGCGGCGAGCGCCGUGCGCGGAGCCCGCCGCCGCACCUCGACGACGACCAGGCGGCGAGCCCAGACCGCCCUGCAGAAGUGGCGCGGCCCGCCUAGAGGUGGCACCGCCCCGUCCGCGCCCACGUGGAGGGUGCCUCCGAAGGGCUUAGGCGAUCCGGGGGCUCUUCGUUCCACUUCGAUCUCACCCCCUCACCUCCGAUAGUGCUUGUAUGUCUCUGUGCGUCCCAUUGAAUUUGUUCAGCAGGCCGGAGGACUGCCGAGCCUUCUGAGAAGGCCCGCCACUUCUCACCUCCCCCCGGAGCUCGCCGCCGAUGGACACACCGUCUGUCGCCGCGCCGCUGGCUCCGACGCGCGGCCCUCCGGCUUGGUGAGGGCGCCUCGGCCACCAGUCGCAGGCCCAGAGGUUGACACCAGCACCAAUACUAUGAUGCUCCAACCUCUUUUAGCCUUGACCAGCAGAAAGGCCUCCAGGAAUGCUUGCGCCCCGCCGUGCCCAAGACGCGGCGGGCGAGCGGCGCACGUCCGGCAGUCCUGCCGGGGCCGCGGCCCGCCCCAGCACGCUUCCUCCCGCCCCCCCCGCCCUCGCGAGGGGCAGGGCCCGCGCGCCCUGCGCCGUGCCCGCGCCGCACAUCUGAUGUGGCCCCACCCCAGGGGGAGG